CUUAAAACCGUAUAAAGGCGUCGAUCCGCCGGACAGGAGGCGGCGGCGGCGGCGGCUCCUGAAGCGGCGGCCGGCUGUUGGGUGUGGAGUUUCCCUGCGCCCCUAGGGUCUGACCCUUUGAGCGUUCUGCUCCCGCGCCAGCCUACCUCGCUUCUCGGCGCCAUGACCACAACCACCACCUUCAAGGGAGUCGACCCCAACAGCAGGAAUAGCUCCCGGGUUUUGCGGCCUCCAGGUGGUGGAUCCAAUUUUUCAUUAGGUUUUGAUGAACCAACAGAACAACCUGUGAGGAAGAACAAAAUGGCCUCUAAUAUCUUUGGGACACCUGAGGAAAAUCAAGCUGCUUGGGCCAAGUCGGCAGGUAUUCUUGUUAUCUGUGCUCACUGUUCAAAGGGAGAAGCUGAUAUUCAUGAAAAUGUGGACACAGACUUGCAAGGCAGCCUGGGGCAGAGUGAAGAGAAGCCCGUGCCCGCUGCGCCUGUGCCCAGCCCGGUGGCCCCGGCCCCAGUGCCAUCCAGGAGAAAUCCCCCUGGUGGCAAGUCCAGCCUUGUCUUGGGUUAACUCUUACUGUCCUGAACACUGUCGUUUUGUUUGUUUCCUCCAUGCUUGUGAACUGCACAACUUGAGCCUGACUGUACAUCUCUUGGAUUUGUUUCAUUAAAAAGAAGCACUUUAUGUA